GGAUGUGCACUGUGCAGUUAAGUUAAACCGUGAACGUGUUGAAUGUGCUCAUACGGUAGUGAAACAGUGCGUGUGCAUAGUGAAACGUGAAAAAUGUCAUCGUUGCGGACAGGACAGUGACCCCCGGCCGUACAUUGGUUCGCACGUAACGCUGGGGACGCGUUCGUCAGGUGGCGAUGACGCGGGGGACGGGUCCGCCCGCGCGCUUAUCAGCAGAUAAGCAAGCGGUUGAUAGCGGCGUGGUGGUGGCAAACGUGGGCGAGUCUUCACCGUGACCAGGCCGCUUGGUUCGCAGCGGCCGCCGCCCGUCAUGCUGCAAUCGCUGAACGCGCUCGCCGGCAAGAUAUCGCCGGGCGGCGGCCACGACGCCAACGCUAACAAACACACGCACCCGAACCGCAACCACAAGGCAUCGUCGCCCGCGUCGCCCUACUCCAAGACUAAUGGGAUGAAUAUGAGCAUAAAUAACAACAACUGUACAAGCAUAAAUAACAACAACAAUGAGGAGAAAUCCGAGAUGCCAGAUCCGGAUUAUAUCAAGAUGUUCGUCGGACAGGUGCCCAGGAGUAUGGACGAGAACGACCUUCGGCUGAUGUUCGAGGAGUUCGGUCGGGUGCACCAGAUCAACGUGCUACGGGACAAGAUAACGGGCGCGAGCAAAGGAUGCUGUUUUGUGACGUUUUUCACGCGAAAAGCAGCCCUGAAAGCGCAGGACGCUUUACACAAUAUCAAAACAUUGAGUGGGAUGCACCAUCCGAUCCAGAUGAAACCAGCUGACAGUGAAAACAGAAAUGAACGCAAGCUGUUCGUGGGCAUGCUCAACAAGAAGCUGUCGGAGAACGACGUGAGGGCGCUGUUCGCCGGCCACGGCGCGAUAGAGGAGUGCACGGUGCUGCGGGACGCGCAGGGGCAGAGCAAAGGGUGCGCUUUCGUCACGUUCGUGUCGAAACAGGCGGCGAUCGCUGCUAUAAAGGCGCUGCACCACAGUCAGACAAUGGAGGGCUGUUCCGCGCCGCUAGUUGUGAAAUUCGCUGACACGCAAAAGGAGAAGGAGCAGAAGAAGCUGCAGGCGAUGCACGCGAGCCUCUGGGGGCUGACGACGCCCGUCACGCCGACCUACCUCGCGUCGGAGGCGGCGCUGUCGCCGGCGACGCAGCUCCAGCUGCUGCAGCAGUUGCAGGCGGUCGGGCUACAGCAACAACUGCUGCAGGGGCAGGGCUCUACGUUGUUGCAGGGUGUUAACUAUCAGGAUAUCGGUUUCAAUGGCGCAGGGCUGGGCGGGGGCGCGGUGAGCGGCGUGCCGGGGGUGGGGGGCGAGCAGCUCGGCGGGCUGCUCGCGCCGGUGUCCGUGCAGAACCUGGCGGCGCUGGCGGCGAUCACGCAGCCGCCGGUCGUGACGCAGGCGGCGCCCAUCGCGCCGGCCACCGCGCAGCAGCCCGCCGCGCCGCAGUUGUGUCUUCUCGGAAAGACUAACAUGACAGGGUCGACAGCGGAGCCGCUGAACUCUGCGUACGCGGCGCAGUUCGGCACGUUCGCGGCGGCGCCGCUCGGCUCCGUGCUGGGCUCGGCCGCCGCGGCCGCCGCCGGCAAGCAGGUCGAAGGGCCGGAAGGCGGGAAUCUUUUCAUAUACCACCUGCCGCAAGAGUUCACCGACACAGACCUCGCGUCCACGUUCCUACCGUUCGGCCACGUGAUAUCGGCCAAAGUGUUCAUAGACAAACAGACGAACUUAUCAAAGUGCUUCGGUUUCGUCUCGUACGACAACGCGGCCUCCGCACAAACAGAAGUGAAACUGAAGUGCUUAGAGAACUCUUCUAGUCCGGCCCAGGUCUCCCUCUACCUCCUAGAACCUAGGACUUGUCAUUAUAUCCUGGGAGUUGAGUCACCGUUGAUCUGCGAGAUUUUGCCACUGGCGGAUGAAAAUGGUCUCAUUAAAAUGAAGUCGAGCUUGGAGAGCUUGAAUGAGAAAAUCGAAGAUUAG